AUGAUGCUGCGUCCGUCCAAAGCCAGAGCGCGAUGCGUGGGAAACCCGUCUUUUCGACCAGACGACAUAGCCAGGAACCAGGACAAGCUGAACCGAGCACGAGACUUGCUCUCCAAGAAUGACCUGUAUGAAGCAAGCCGCGUGCUUCUCGGGCUGCCUGAAGCCGACGUCUAUAUCUACCAUGCAAUUGCGUCUGUGAAGCUCGCACAAGCCCAGCAUGUGGUCGAUCGGGGCGGUGACAAUGGUUUACAUGCAUGGUACAAGGCAGAGGACGGUUCAACUAGACCUCCCCCGCCCCAAGGCGACAUAGAAGCAUACAUUUCAAUAUUCAAGCCAAGCACAGCUACAGCAGCGGCGCUCAAAAACUUGGCCACAAAUGCCAAAAAGGGCUCGCUGCGAUGCGAAACCGCGGCACACCUGUCGGCAAAGAGGUUCAUUCACCCAGGCCUGCUCGCCAAGUUGACCAUUCCAAAAUGCAAAUCGCCGCCGCCCAUACAAAACCCCUACCUUGACUUUUGGGCGUGGUCGUGCCGAAACCUCGAGUGGUGCGGCCCCAACGCCAGCUCGGAGCGAACGGCCAUGGGCCACCACGUCCUGCCAAUCUUGAUGCACCACUUCGGCUGCGUGACGCCGUCCCACGAGGGCCUGGAAUCGCUGCGGAUCCUCGCAGACGGCCGGCCCAUUGCAGACGUCGGCUCGGGCAACGGCUACUGGAGCUUCAUGCUCCGGGGGUACGGGCUCACCGUGCACGCCGUGGACAACAUGCAGAGCGAGUGGCGGGUGAACUGGAUAGACGACACGGACAUGAUGGACGGGGUCAAGUGGUUGCAGAGGAACAAUCGGGGCAGGGACAUGGCGCUGCUGCUGGUGUAUCCCGUCGUAGGGGGCGGCAUAGGGGGCGGGACCGAGGGCGGCUUCACGCGCGAUCUGGUCGACGCCUACGACGGCGAUACUCUCGCCGUCGUGGGAACACAGAACCGCAAUGGGUAUACGGGAUUCAAGAGCAUGACCAUGGACGAGUACAUGGCGAGGGAGAGGAAGGACUGGGUCAAGGUUGUGCAGAUAGCGCUGCCGAGUUUUGCGGGCAAGGAUGAAGCUCUGUUUGUGUUUCAACGCGGCGGACGGGCUCCCAAGGCUGUCGAAUAA